AUGAGUGCUAGUGUUGCAAAUGAUCUAUCAGAUAGAGAAAUGAUUGAAUUUUCAGAAGAUGAACAAUUGACAUUCUUUUUUAAUAUAGAUCAAGUACUUUAUUCAAUGACUUUAAGGUUUAUAGUGAAAUUCCAGGAGUUUUAUAAAAUUAUGGUACUUUUGCAUAAUCACUUUAAAUUUGUCGCUAGCUUUCCAAUCUCAUUAUAAAAAACUCUAUAGCUGAUGCAUAAGAGAAAGUAAGAUUCUAAAUUUAUAAUAAAGUUUAUCCUUAGAAAUAUUCCUAUUAAUGCUAUUAAUGAAAUUGAAGCUGAAACCAAACUUUUGUUGAAUGCUAAAUUAAAUGAUGGUGGAAUAGAAGUUGAAUCAUGUGAUUUAAUUGAAGAUCAAGAACCAGUAUUUAAUUAUUUUAUAUAAAAGGACCCUAUCUUUAGUGAUAGAUGGAGAAGAAACAGAAUUUAAAUGAUAAUUGGUAUUUAAUAUCUAAUUAAAUCAUUUAGAAGAGGAAACUCAUGAAAAUGAUUAAAAUGAUGAAAAAUUAACAACUGAUCCCAAUAAGAUUGUAUCUAAAUCAAGACUCUAUGAUACUAAGAAAACCACUGUUAGACUUCCAACUACACCAUAACCAAAAAAUUAGAUUGAAGCUAAAUUAAUCUAAAUAUUUUAAGAAGAAUAUGAAGAUGAAUUUGAAGAUAAGUUAAGAAAUGCUAAAUUAUAUGAAAUGAAAAAGAAAAAUGAAAUUGAAUAAAAGAAAAAAGAAGAUAAAUUACAAAGUUAGGUAAUUAUAUAUAUAUAUAUAUUUAAUUUAGAUUGAAAAAAAAGAUGGAGGAACACAAAAAUAUACUUAUGAUUUUGAUGGUAAAAUUCUUUUGGCUAGGGCUGUUAAAAUGGAUAAAUUAUAACCAACUAAUCAAAAAUUAAAAGUUGAAUUUAAAGAAUCUUCAAAACCUGAUCAAUAAUAAUAACCAAUAAAAAAAGGAGGAAAAAGGGAUUCAACAAAAAUUAAUAAGCCAUAAUGUCCUGAAUAGGAAAUACCUAAUAGAGUAUAUUAUUAACACAUAAGGUUUUAUAAGAACGCAAAGAUGCUACAAAAGAAGUUAUAGGAGAUAAAGCAUUAAGAAUUGACAAAACAUCAUAAUUUCCUUAUGAAGUCUUUACAAUGAAUAAUGGAGUUAAAUUGUACUAUGAACAUAAAAUGAAGGAAGGAGUAAGACAUUAAAUAAGUGAUUCUGCAGAACAUUUAUAAUACAAAUUAUCAGGCUCAAAUUUACUCUCUGGAGAUGAUGCAUCUUAAUUUGCCUCUUAAAUUAGAUUAACUAGAGCUGAAUAUUAAUUGAUAACAGAUGCCUAAACUUUAUAGGCAACUAAAUCUUAGUUUAUGCCAAGUGAAAAUAAUCAUUUACAAGAUCAUGAUUAAUAAAAUACUCAAUAAUCAAUUCUAUUAAAAAAAAAAUUAGGUGAAAUUGGGAAAACAGAACUCCCUUAAGAUAGCAAAUAAGUUUAGUUUAACACUGGAUCUAAUUUAUCAAAACCUUUAAAAAAAGAAGUGCCUUCCUAACAAACUUCUCAAACAGAAAGAAUUCAAUUAAAGAAUGUCAAAAUGAUAGAAAAUUUAAUAGUAACUGCACUGCCUGAUACUCCUAAAUCAUCUAAAUAAGAAUUACCUUUACCAUAAAUUCCAGAUGGAGUUUCAAAGUAAAUUCAAUACUAAUCUAACUAGAAAUCCUAUUGAUAUUUUCAAUUAAUAGUUAUUAACUUAGAAAGAAUGGGGUAAACAAAUAGGAGGUAAAACUACAUACUUUCCUCCAGUUCGGCAACAAAAAAGAUCAUUAGAGACCAAAGCAUAUAAAGGAACUUUAGAAUAAAUGUAAUAUCUAUCUAUUAAUAUUGUAAAGUUAUAAAAUGCCAAGAGAAAGACUUGUAGCUUAAACAGGCAGAACAGCUAUGAACUUUUAUAAAUCUAAUCAGGACGGUAACUAAUUUGUUAUAUUUGUAGGAUAAAAGAAUAUAACCAAAUCUCUUAGUGAAGGAUUGUAAACAUUUUAUACAACUCAUUCUAAAUUUAGUGAUAAACUUAGAUAAUGA